AUGCAAGCACAGAUCACAUCCAAAAGCAGUCCGCAGUCGCUAUGCUAUUCAACCGCCGCAUGUUUAUUUCUCACACGAGAUAUCCUGCCAAUUCCAAAAUUAUCAGACAGUUUGAACAAGAAACUGUCCAUUGUACUACCAUCGUCGCGCCAACCUAUGGGAUUAUAUCCAUCGAUGAGAUCCUUGGAAUGGGUUGAUUUGAUGACUACCACUGUUGGACCAUUAGCAUCUCGCAGAGUUCAUGGAAUGUCUUUGGCGGGGCGUGAAGCCGAAAACAGAGCCUCUCGGAAGAAACUUGGUUCUCUUUAA